AUGGCUGAGUACGAUCUUACAAAAACUAUCAUUCCAUACUGCGAUAGACACCUCGUCUUUCCGCUACUCGCCCAUCUCGUGGAGAAUGAGUUGUUCCCAGUAGAGCAAGUCCAAGCGGCGCAGUAUAUGCUCGCCAAGGAGACAAACAUGGUCGAUUAUGCUGUCAGUCUAUUCCAGCAGUUGCACCCAGAUGAAGAGAUCCCAGAAGAAUUCUCCGGGAAGCGUGAAAAGGCCGUAUCAACAAACGAGCGGCUGCAGCAAGAAGCACAGGCCGUGCUUAAUGUCAUUGAGAACCCCGAAGUCGCACAGUCGCUACGACAAGACAAAAACCAAAACUUGCAGUAUCUCAAAGAGCAUUACAAUGUUACCCUUGAGCAAAUCACCGCUCUGUACAACUUUGGCCAAUUUCAAUAUACGUACGGAAACUACAGCGGUGCUGCAGACUACCUUUAUCACUUCCGCGUCCUUUCUACCGACCCCGAUCUUACCAUCUCUGCACACUGGGGCAAGCUUGCCUCCGACAUCCUCACUGGAAAAUGGGACGUCGCGCUUGAAGAGCUCAACACUCUCCGUGAGGCGAUUGAUUCCCGCGCACCCUCUGUGCCUGCAUUCGCUACCGCACCUUCCACGUCAACAACCGACCCUGCGCUCGCCCAGUUGCACUCCCGCACUUGGCUUCUCCAUUGGUCGCUUUUCGUGUAUUUUAACCACCCGCAGGGUCGCACCCUCCUCCUUGAGACCUUCCUCUCUCCUACGUACCUGAACACCAUCCAGACUUCAUGCCCAUGGAUCCUCCGCUACCUGACAACCGCCGCCGUCCUUUCCCGAAAGUCGGCAUCUGGCGCGCUCUCCUCACGUGUGCGCCACUCCAUCCGCGAGAUCGUCAAGGUCAUCCACAUGGAGGAAUACCAGUAUCAGGACCCUGUCACUGCGUUCCUCAAGGAGCUUUACGUCGAGUUCGACUUCGAGGCGGCGCAGCGUGAGCUCAGUAAGGCCGAGCGUGUGGUUGCCAAUGAUUUUUUCCUGAGCGAGUUCCGCGACGAUUUUAUGGACAAUGCACGGUACUUGAUCAGCGAGGCGUACUGCCGGAUACACCAAAGAAUCGAUAUCGGAGAUCUGUCCGAGCGGUUGAACCUCUCACGAGAUGAAGGUGAGAAGUGGAUCGUCAAUCUCAUCCGUGAGACACGCAUGGGUGCAGAUGCGAAAAUUGAUCUUGAAAAGAACGUCAUUGAAAUCAACCGACCUCCACUUCCGAUCUACCAGUCCGUCAUUGAAAAGACGCGUGGACUUGCUUUUCGUACUCAGGCGCUUGGUGCAGCCAUGUCCCGCACGCAGCUGCCACAGCCGCUUGGCGUGCAAGAGGAGGGGCAGCCGGCUGUUGUCGAGGGCGCACGGUGA